AUGAAAUUGUUAACCUUAUUGGUUUGUGUCACUAUAACAAAAGGUGAUGUACUGAACAAUAGAUAUCUCCCACCUAAAGCUCACAUGAAUGUAAGGUCGAACUUCUACCACACUCCUAAUCAAUUUUCAAGUGCGGUCUCUCAUCAGAGUGUCAAUGCUUACUUUGGCACUCCAAUAACUGUACUUGAUACGCAAUUUGAUCGUCCUCAAGCAGCACGUGACAGAAACGCUGCUAUACUCAUUCAGGACCAGUCAAGAGAUGGAGAUACUUAUUCUUACGUUUACAAAACUGGAAAUGGUAUUUAUGCUGAAGAAAAAGGAAUAGCUAUUAAUGGUGUCAGAGCACAAGGUGGAUACAGCUAUAUGGGCGAUGAUGGUAGAGUAUACUCUGUGAGGUACACAGCUGAUGAAAACGGUUUUGUAGCACAAGGUGAUCACCUCCCAACACCUCCUCCAAUUCCUAAAGAAAUUCUUAGGGCUUUGGAGCAGAAUGCCCGCGAUGAGGCAGCUGGCAUUUUUGAUGACGGAUCUUACAAUGAAGCCAAAUACUCAAGCUCCUACCAAAAACAACAUUAUACUAACAAUAUGCAGCCUAACAACUACCACAACAAUAACCGCAUACACGAUGAUGCUGUCCAGAAGAUGUAUCUCCCACCUAGAACACGCAGGAACUACCAGAGGAAUCAAUACACAAGACUGAAGAACAUGCAUAGAAACAUGUACAUGUUUUGA